AUGCUGCACUGCAGCACGCGUUCCCUCCCAGCAGCAAGAAUUCCAGUUGCUGCUGCUGCUGCUGCUGCUGCUGCUGACACCGCAGCAGCAGCAGCAGCAGGUCUGGAGUCACCUGCUUGUGGGGGGAGCCACGCUAUUUGGCAGCUGCCGCAGCAGCAGCAGCAGCAGCAGCAGCAGCAGGGGGGUGUUGACUGGAUGUCUGUCCCUAGCGGCAGCAGCAGCAUAUCGUGGGUGCAGCAGCAGCAGCAGCAGCAGCAGCAGCAGCAGCAGCUGAGUGCAGCAGAUUCUUCUGGAGCUGAAGCAAGUGCAGCAGCACAAAGAGCAGCAGCAGCAGCAGCAGCAGCAGCAGCACCAACAAAGUCUUCAUCAAGUCAAGGCCUUUGGCCGUUGCUGUCUUUAGGUACAGAUGAUGGUGAAGCAGAGACAGCAGCAGCAGCAGCAGCAGCAGCAGCUUCUGCUGCUGCUGCUGCUGCAGGUUCUGUUUCAGGAGCAACAGCAGCAGCUGGUGGCGUAUCUGCUGCCAUCCCAGGUGUUGCAUCAUCAUCAUCAUCAGCAGCAGCAACACCAGCAGCAGCAGCAGCAGCAGCAGCAGCAGGAGAAGAAGGGGGGGGAUGCUCGCUGCUGCUGAGCCCCUUCGGCAGCAUUCAGGUGUAUGGGCAGCUAAACCCCAGCAGCAGGGAGACGUGGCCUGUCUUUGCUGAUGACGAAGCAGAACCAAAUAUACAGCAGCAGAUACAAAACCUCAUCGAAAUAUCCACGCUGCUGCAGCUGGUGUUUGGCUAUACAGCUCAAUGUUUAGAUAAAAUAAAAUAUGCAUUCAACUGGGAGGACCCUCUGCUGUCUUUUGGUUCUGUUGUGCUGCUGCUGCUGCACGGGUUGCUGCUGUCGCUGCUGCUGCGCUGCAUGUCUUUGCUGCCGCUCUUUUAUUGGAGGCUCUUUGUCUUUGCUUGUCUUCUCGCUUGUGCUGCAACACGAGAAGCAGCAACUGCAGCAACUGCAGCAGCAACAGCAGCAGCAGCAGCUUGUACAGAUCCAACGGCAGGCGCCACACAGCAGCAGCAGCAGCAGCAGCAGCAGCACAGGAUAGAGGGAUAUACAGCAGCAGCAGCAAACGACCCGCAGCUGCAGCAGCAACUGGCAGCAACGCCGAGACGUCUCCUCGCUGCAGGGGCGGGAGGGCCCCUCAGCAGCAGCAGCAGCAGCAGCAGCAGCAGCAGCAGCCGCAGCAGCUCUUCGCAGAAGCAACCCUCGUGGUUUGCUGGCCUCUUGCGGCAGCGACGCAGCAGCAGCAGCAAAAGCAGCAGCAGCAGCAGCAGCAGCAGCAGCAGGCCUGGACAGCUUCAGCAGCAGCAGCAGCAGCAGCAGCAGCAGGAAAGUAAGCGGAGAGGACGAGGUGUCUCCGAUGAUAACCAGCAGCAGCAGCAGCAGCAGCAGGCGCAGCAGCAGCAGCAGGAGCAGCAGCAGGAGCAGCAGCUGGAGGGGGAGAAGUGCUGCUGUCUCAAGAUCGUGCUGCUGCUGCUGCAGCAGCAGCAGCAGCACCUGCUGCAGCAGCAGCAGCAGCAGCACCAGCAGCAGCAGCAGCAGCACGCGUUCAACAGCAACACACCUCCUCCUCCUCGUCCUCCUCCUCCUCUUCAGCUGCUGCUUCUGCACCAACAGCAGCAGCACCAACAACACCAGCAGCAGCAGCCUUGCUGCUGUCGCUGCUGCUGCGCUGCAUGUCUUUGCUGCCGCUCUUCUAUUGGAGGCUCUUUGUCUUUGCUUGUCUUCUUGCUUGUGCUGCAACACGAGAAGCAGCAACUGCAGCAACUGCAGCAGCAGCAGCAGCACCAGCAGCUUGUACAGAUCCAACGGCAGGCGCCACACAGCAGCAGCAGCAGCAGCAGCAGCAGCAGCACAGGAGAGAGGGAUAUGCUGCAGCAGCAGCAAACGACCCGCAGCUGCAGCAGCAACUGGCAGCAACGCCGAGACGUCUCCUCGCUGCUUCCUCCUCCUCUUCAGCUGCUGCUUCUGCACCAACAGCAGCAGCACCAACAACACCAGCAGCAGCAGCAGCAGCAGCAGCAGCAGCAGCAGCAGGAGGAGGCAUGA